CAUCCAGAUUAUGCAAAUGUGAUCGAGACCAAGGCGUCGUUGGUCCGAUUGAGAGGGCUGGACUCUGGCACAGCAUUUCGGAUAAAGGUAAAAUCUGUUUACAAUGAUGUUCAAUCGACCGAAGCGAUAGAAUCGAUCUUUCGAACAAGUGGAACGCCUGAGUACGACUACGACAAUUCAGCAGAGUCAUUCAGUAUCCGUACUCUGCCGCCAGGAUUCGAUCUCGCCACCACAACAACGACGGCGGCAGUGAGUGGAAGUGAUUACCUGUACUCGACCGAAGAUCUCGAAGAGAAUGAACCGUCAACAAAUCCCCAAGCGGUUGAAGGUGUUCGUAUUGUUUCGUCCGAGACGGACGAGUUCUACGUUUCACGAAUAUCGAUCGAUUGGGAUUGGCCAUCUCACAACAAUUUUGAUCUCUACCAAAUUGUUAUCUCCUAUGGGUUAAAUGAGGCUUCUUUAACGGAAAUCGAAGUGACAGAAGCUGUGCAAAAGCCGCUUGUGCUGGACAAACUUGAGCCAACUCAUCGUUACCGUAUCCACGUUCGGAAUGAAUCUCUCGAACUUGGGCUGAGUUCUAUGGUCGUUCAACUUGAGCAGAUUACU